UUGUACGUCCUGAGACAGCCAAGCAAAACUGGCGCUCUGGUACCUUCCUUCCCCAGACCUGCAGAUUGUAUUGUGCAAUGGACGGCCGCCUAGACACUGAUCUGUACCCUCUGGGAGCCGGUUACGUCACUGAGAUUGACAGUGUUCAUGACAUAUCAGUUGGCACCAAGAGGGGAUCAGACGAGCUGUUUUCUUCCUGCAUAUCCAACGGGCCCUAUAUCAUGAGCUCAGCCAAUGGCAACGACAGCAAAAAGUUCAAAGGUGACACCCGGAGCCCCGGGGUCCCGUCACGUGUCAUCCACGUGCGCAAGCUGCCCAACGACAUCAACGAGGCCGAGGUCAUCAGCCUGGGCCUGCCCUUCGGCAAGGUCACCAACCUGCUGAUGCUGAAGGGGAAGAACCAGGCCUUCCUGGAGCUGAACAGCGAAGAGUGUGCCCAGACCAUGGUUAGUUACUAUUCAUCAGUGACUCCAGUCAUCAGGAACCACCCCGUCUACAUGCAGUACUCCACACACAAGGAACUGAAGACAGACAACUCCCCCAACCAAGUACGGGCCCAGGCAGCGCUGCAGGCCGUCAACGCGGUGCAGAGCGGGGGCAUGGGGGGCAUGCCCAUGCCAGGGGAGGCGGCGGCCAUGGGGGGGAUGGCGGGCAUGGGCUCCCAGAGCCCCGUGCUGAGGGUCAUCGUGGAGAACCUCUUUUACCCCGUCACCCUGGACGUGCUGCAUCAGAUCUUCUCCAAGUUUGGCACCGUUCUGAAGAUCAUCACCUUCACCAAAAACAACCAGUUCCAGGCUCUGGUCCAGUACGCUGACGGCAUGACUGCACAGCACUCCAAACUAUCUCUGGACGGCCAGAACAUCUACAACGCGUGCUGCACCCUGAGGAUCAGCUUCUCCAAGCUCACCAGCCUCAACGUGCGCUACAACAACGACAAGAGCCGGGACUACACCAGACCAGACCUGCCCACAGGAGACACCCAGCCCUCCAUAGACCACCAGGCCAUGGCUGCAGCCUUCGGUGCUCCAGGUAUUAUCUCAGCCUCUCCCUAUGGAGGAGCCCAUUUCCCCCCAGCCUUCGCCAUCCAGCAGGCAGCAGCAGGUCUGUCCAUGCCUGGGAUGCCCGGAGCCCUGGCCCAGCUGGGCGUCGGCCACGGGGGCGUGGCGGCUGCCGCAGCGGCUGCCAGUCGCCUCGGCCUAUCAGGGCUGGGCGCUGGGGGCCACAGCGUCCUAUUGGUCAGCAACCUGAACCCAGAGAGCGUUACGCCCCACUGCCUCUUUAUUCUUUUCGGUAUGUUAUCAUUCCUUCAUCUUCUUUAUUACCACUGUGCCUUCUGACCAGGUGGGCGGGGCUUGUGUUGUUGUUGUUGUGGUUGUUGUUUACGGAUCAGAACACAGAGCUGUGAGGGGGUUUGUAUGGCCCCUUUUCCGCUUGAUGUGGGGUUUGUGUGUGUGUGAGGGGGAGAGAGUGCAAUUUUUUUUUUUUGUUUGAUGAGAGUUUGAGGGAAAUGACGGAAAGCUGCAGCAUUUAAUCAAUUUCCGAAAGCGGUCCCGUGUCCCCGGGGCCACAGCACAAGCACACGUCAGGACACUUCAAAGCCAAGAGAAGCUCCACUUGGCGAAAUGCGAGCAUCCUCGUGAAAACAAGAUCAUCUCAAUUGGCUUUUACAGCCGUACCCAAGAAUAAUCUUUUUUUACGGCAAGAGGAACGACGGAUCAAAGCCCUGAGCUUGUUAUUCUUCUCUCGCCCUAAUUAAAGCAUGGGCGCUCAUCGUGGCGCUACCCUGUCAUCGCUUAAUGGAAAAUAUCCCACCAGAUGCCCCCUAGUCAUUCAGAGAGUCGGUCGGGAGUGUAAAUGUUGCAUCUUUCUGGUCAUUUGGAGAAGGACAUGGCUGUGGGAGGAUGUUGUAUCAUGUUCUCGUUGCUGUUUGCUGUCCUCCCAUUGGCGUAGGGUCCCUGCAUGUUUAGCCAACCGCAUGUCUUGUUAGCUUAGAACGCCCCCUGUCUGUCUGCCAAUCAGAAUCCAGACUUUUUCUUCUUCACAUUCUCUCGAUUUGAAGACUGUCACCUAACCCGAAUCGAAACAAGCUACUUACAUUUCAUCCUUUUCCUAUCAAGUCCUGUUUUCCAAAUCAUCCUCCAUCAUCAGUCCAAUAUUUAUCUUUUCCUGGCCAGUUUUUUCUCCUGGUUGAAAGAGGCCAUUUUGUAGGAGUCCUGUAGGUACAGUACUUUUGGGCGUGUCUUCCUAUCACCGUAGACAUUAGCGUAGCUCAAUCAGAA